GAAGUAUUGGUUUUUUGUGGAGGGAGGAAAACAAGAGAGCCUGGAGAAAAACCCUCAGAGCAAGGUGAGAACCAACCUCAAACUCAACCCACGUAUGGCACUGGACUGGAAUCAAGCCUGGGCCACAUUGGUGGGAGGCAAGCGCUAUCACCACUGCGCCAUCCCUGCUUCCCCAAAUUGAAUUAUUAAUUUACCACUGCAGUGAGUUGUUCUUUCAAUAAAGGGCUUCACAGCCAUAGUCCACAACUUAACAGUGAACUUUGCAGCAUUGUUGAAAGCAGACAGAAGUUCUACAAUGCUUUACUUUGCUAGAAUUGGAGAAAGAAAAACCUUUAGAAGUUGCUGAUGUUCACUUAUAGCCAAUUAUUUUUCGUUUAUUUUCAGUAAUUCGGCCUGUAGACUGGACAGUGUUUGGAACACCUAUACAAUUCCAUGAUGACUGUAGAUCGGCACAAUUUCAGCUUCUAAACCUUAACUGGGAGCUAGCUGUUCAGCUGGCAAAGGAACGAGACAGAGAAGUCUCGUUGAUGCCCUAUUCACCACUUGGCAUCUAAAAGGACAGAUGAGGAUGAUGAAAUUUAUCUUUAGCCUUUGCUCAACAUACAGUAUUUUGUUCUCUGUAGUAGUCUCUCUUCAAUCUUGACAACCUUUGUAAAUACAAUUACUUAUUCUUAGCAAUCUACACUUGCAUGUGGGGUUUUUGUGUUAAAUUUACUGAAAAUGCAAAACGUGCUGAUUGUCACAUGCAAAAACAUCUUUUAUUUACUUCCUACUGUACUAAGAUUUCAUUAAAGAAACAGUCUCAAAUGUUAUUUCAAUCGACAACUGUAGAGUAGGACAUGUAUAAGUUGUAAAGACUCAGGAAAACUGUGAAUCCCCAGAAAUAUUUAUGGAAUGUUACCAUGUGGCAAGGAAAAAGCCAAUUGGGUGUGAGAAAGCUAAACUGCAAACAACGAAGGUAAUUUGUUUUGUGGUUUUGAAGAUUGCUUAAAUGUCCUAAUUUUUAUUGUGACUGGUUAGUACAGUCAACUGACCUGUUAGAAUCAAACCAAAUUAAGCGUUCACGGUUUUUUGACUUGCACAGUGAAUAUUUAAUGGCUAUCUCAAUGACUUGCUAGUUCUUCAGCAUAAGAAUACAAGCUAUAAAACGGGAGACUGAGCUUGUGGGCUUGGUUAAUAAAUCUAAGAUAUUCACACAAAAUAUCAAUAUUCUUUUAGUACCCCAUUAAUAAUGACUUUUGUUUAUAGGCUACAACGCCAAAGUUAAUGCCUGAUAUCCUGGGAGGAAAGAAAGAGAGGUUUCAAACCAUAACUGUGAUGAAAGUUUAUUCUGCAAAAAGCAUUGACGAAUUACGAUUAGAAGACUAUCAGUACCUGACAAGACCUGGGUCUUCAACUUCAAGUUCAGUGUUCAACACCCAAAUCAAGACAGGUAAAUCUAGGAAAAUACGAAGUCAACAGGCAGAAUAUUGGUUAAAAUCAUCCGUUGAAGUGAGAUCUCCAAGUCCAAUGUCCACAGAUUCUAGUGCAGACGGCAAUUCUGAAGUUCCCCCACCACACACCUUCUCUCUCACUCCAACCAUCGAUUUUACUUCACAGUCCACCGCAGAUCCACGUGAUGUAUUUAGGCAACCGACAGAAACCCUGACUUCUUCAGAGGGAAGGCAGCUUACGGACUGUCUUUUGGAGAGUAUUGUCAAGUGCAUGCAAAUUCAGAACUCCCUCUACAGACUUGUGUUGCUCAAACUUAAUCAGCAUGUUACUAAUGCUCUGUCUGGGGAUACUGAAGCAUCAGACCUGCUCGAGGCUCGCCACACAGAAAGCGCCAGACAGAAUGGGACUUAUGAUCCAGGGGCUUUGCUGUGUGACUUAAAAGAGCCCCUAGAGGCGUUGAUGCGCUGUGCAGACAUUCAAAGAGGACUUUUUCAGAGAAUGAUCGCUGUGAACCUGAUGACAAGUGAAGACUUGUCUGAUGGAAGUUUACCUUCGACUCGCAAUCAAGAAUCGCCAGAAGUCACUGCACCACAAAUCAACAUGCUAGCUGUUCAAGCUGACCUUGAAGAGAUUGUUUUCAAAAGCAAAACGUUUUGUGACCAUGCACGAAAUCCCUUCACCAGUGAACAACUCAAGGCAUCCAGCAGCGAGGACGUCAUACAACAUAUAUCUGAAGAGAAGGGUCCGUUUAGCGUGCGAGCAGUCAACAGUGGGGCGUGUAGUCAACGUAAACUUCCCCACGGUUACGGCAGCCUUAAAACUGUGACAGGCAAAGUUGUAUACAGUGGGGACUGGCGAAAAGGCAAGAGACACGGGAAGGGUGAAGGAGUCAUUUUCUCGUUACCUCAGUGUUGUAAUAAGCCAAGUACUGAUGAUCAUGGAUUCUACACCGGGGGAUGGAAAAACAACAUGAGGCAUGGCAGUGGCAAAAUGACGUUUGUUUCCGGUGCUGUUUAUGAAGGCCAGUGGCAGUACGAUAAAAUGAGCGGUUAUGGGACCUUGAAGCUCCCGGAUGGGGUCAUUCAGGAAGGGACAUGGAAGGAAGGGUCAUUAGACGGUUGUGUCCUUUUCACUUGGCCCCAUGGUGUCACCGAGUACCGCGAGUAUGAGCCAGGCAGAGGUCAGCUCUCAUCCUGUAAAAUUGACGAGGACACUGCUGGACAGCUCUCACAGAUGAGCUCCAUUCGAUCGCAGCUCUCAAACGUGCGAGAAUGCUUGACCAGGCUGAAAGAAGGAAACCUCGGCCUUAAAGACGAGAUGAACACCCUGAAAACACAGGAAGCCGAGAUGACCAGGAUAUACCAAGGCAAUCUUUGUAAAAUUCGCCAAACUCUCAUCGUCCAGCAAGAGCAGGAUUACCAGAAAUUGCGAGAGGAAUUUGACAAGAAAUUGAAAGAUGCGGAGACAUCCUUCUGGAACAGUGCCGAAACAGUACGUACAUUAGAAAAAGAACUUGAACAAUCCCGGGAAGCGCAGCUGUGUCAGAUAUGUUUCGAGCGAUCACGUGACUGUAUCAUUAUGCCCUGUACUCAUUUUUUAUACUGCAGGACAUGUGUGACUGAGCAUAAAAAGAAGGGUGAUUCCCGCUGCCCCGCUUGCCGCGGACCUAUCUCCGGUGAAAUGUUAUGUAAUGUCAAUCAAUAAUCAAGAUAAUUUACAAAAGACUUCGUAAAGUAAAAAGUUCUCUUUCGCCUUAUUUGCAUUAGUUUGGUUGUUACAUUUUAUGGUGGUUGUUGCAAAUUAAUUCCAUUCCGUAUCGCGUAUUACAUGUAAAAACACAAUAUAGUCCGUCGAUCGUUUUGAUGAAAUUAUGACUCUGUUUUUGCUCUUUUUUCCUCAAAAACAAAAUUAGUUGUACUGAGGUUUCUCGUUUCAUAGGCGAUGUCUAUUGAUAAUAUAUUUCAGCUAUACUUUUGUGUUCAUGGACAAGACACUUGAUUUGUCUACCCAGAAGUAUAAAUGGGUACUCGCCUGCUUGCAGGCUGAGUAGGUAGCAGUAAUUAAUCUUUGAAAGGACACUAGUCAGCCUCCGCCAUUUUCAAUGCCACUGAAAUUAUUGAUAUUGCAUAGUGAAGCGAAAUCUUGUUUUAUUGUAAGUUGUGUUCCUGAAAGUAUUUUUAGUUACUUUAUUAGUUUACGGUGAUUUCCUUCGUUUCGACAUGCCCCGAAUAAA